AAAAGAAAAAGAAAAAAGCAUCUUCAAGUGACAGUAAUGAAGACAGCAUCAAAGCUUGCAGUUCUCACAGUUCUAGUUCUGCUUCUUGUUGAAGCACAUAUCUCUGUAGCUGUAACGUGCAGCGCGAUUCAGCUGAGUCCUUGCCUUGGCGCGAUCACAUCGAAUUCAGCACCAUCUACACUCUGCUGCAGCAGAAUCAGGGAACAAAAGCCUUGCCUCUGCACUUAUCUCAAGAACCCAACUUUAAGGAACUAUGUCAACUCCCCUGGUGCCAAGAAAGUUGCUCGCACUUGUGGUGUUCCCUACCCCAAGUGUUAAUACUACAUUUGAAGAAUCAUGUGCUUCUUGCUAAGUCUUGUAUGUGAGAAGUGAAAAUAAUAUGUUUGAUGCACUCUUAUCUCAUGAGAGAGUCACUGUGUGUGCUAUCAUCUAUACUCUUUGUUUUAGUGAUUAUGUGUUUUUGCUUGCUUUAUUUAUGCACUCUUGAAUGAAAAGAGAUGAAAUUAUGCUAUGUCAACAUAUGUACAAGUUCUGUCAUAAGUACUCCUAAGACAAUAUAUGGUAUUUUUCUAUGACUUUAUGUCUCUAUCAUGCA